AUGCGUCUGAGCUUCAUCGUCCUGGCCGCCGUCCUUGCAAACAUCAGCACUACCAAGCCUCGGGCCGACACCGCUGCUGCGAACAGUGAGAGUGCCGGUGUGCCUGCCCAGAGGGCUCUGCGCAGCCACGACGACACCUACGGCAAAGACGAGCCGGACAUCGCCGACGAAGAGAGAGGCCUUGAGGUUUUGAAGAAGAUGAACCCUGUCAAGUGGGCCAAAACGAAGUGGAGCAACCACAACUUGCGUCGAGCGGCAAAGCUCGCAGAAGACAAGAGAAGAUUCAAGAAGGACGUGGAGACGAUAGCGUUUCUACAGACAAACUAUUACGACAAGUGGAACAAACUGGGGUGGACAAAGGAGCAGGUUAGAAAGGAUUUGAUCGACUACAACGUCCCCAAGAAUGAUAUUGGCGAAAUCUUAUACUGGUUCACUUCAAUUAAAAAGCAAAAUGAGUGA